CGUGCGCUCCCUGCCGCUCGCCGGAAGGACGGAGCCCGGCUGUGUUUAUCUCGUUGGGCACUGCGGAGUCGGUUGGCGCGCAACGGGUUCUAGGCUGCAGGCAGCGCGAGGAUCCGCGGCCCCGCCCCGCCCCGCCCCGGCCCGGCCUGGCAGGUAGCAGAGGCAGCAGGCCGUGCCGGGGGGGCAUGUUGCUGUAACCUGUGGCCCAGGGGAUGUUACGGUGGACAGUGCAUCUGGAGGGCGGGCCACGCAGGGUGAACCAUGCUGCGGUGGCCGUUGGGCACCGAGUGUACUCCUUCGGGGGCUACUGCUCCGGUGAAGACUACGAGACGCUGCGGCAGAUAGAUGUGCACAUUUUCAACGCAGUGUCCUUGCGUUGGACAAAGCUGCCCCCAGUGAGGCCCGCUGUCCGUGGGCAGGCACCUGUGGUGCCCUACAUGCGAUAUGGACACUCAACCGUCCUCAUCGACGACACAGUCUUCCUCUGGGGUGGGCGGAACGACACGGAAGGGGCCUGCAAUGUACUCUAUGCCUUUGACGUCAAUACUCACAAGUGGUCCACUCCGCGAGUGUCGGGAACCGUCCCUGGGGCCAGGGAUGGGCAUUCAGCUUGUGUCCUGGGCAAGAUCAUGUACAUUUUCGGGGGCUAUGAGCAGCUGGCGGACUGCUUUUCCAAUGACAUCCACAAGCUGGACACGGGAACCAUGACGUGGACCCUUGUGUGUACAAAGGGCAACCCUGCACGCUGGAGGGACUUCCACUCCGCCACGAUGCUGGACAAUCGCAUGUAUGUCUUUGGGGGACGUGCAGACCGCUUCGGGCCAUUCCAUUCCAACAAUGAGAUUUACUGCAACCGUAUUCGCGUCUUUGACACCAGAACCGAGGCGUGGCUGGACUGCCCCCACACUCCAGUGCUGCCCGAGGGCCGCCGGAGCCACUCUGCCUUUGGCUACAACGAGCUGUACAUCUUCGGUGGUUAUAACGCACGGCUGAACCGGCACUUCCAUGACCUCUGGAAGUUUAACCCUGUGUCCUUUACCUGGAAAAAGAUUGAACCGAAGGGGAAGGGGCCAUGUUCCCGCCGGCGCCAAUGCUGUUGUAUUGUUGGUGACAAGAUUGUCCUCUUUGGGGGUACCAGCCCAUCUCCUGAGGAAGGCCUCGGAGAUGAAUUUGACCUCAUAGAUCAUUCUGACUUACACAUUUUGGACUUUAGCCCUAGUCUGAAGACUCUGUGCAAACUGGCCGUAAUUCAGUAUAACCUGGAUCAGUCUUGUUUGCCUCAUGACAUCAGGUGGGAGCUGAAUGCCAUGACCACCAAUAGCAAUAUCAGUCGCCCCAUCGUCUCCUCCCAUGGGUAGGAGGAAGUCCCGCCGCCUCCCUUCCUGAGCCUGCCAUUGUCUUCACUGCCCCCGCCCAUCUCUCACCUGCCUGCCCCUUGGGACCCUGGACUCAGUAUACCUCCACGUGGAGUUGUUGGACUAGAAGAUGUUUUCUGUGCUGUGAAUUCAGUGGGGAGCUGUGGGGGGAGGGCCAGGUCCCUCCUCCCUUGGGCGUAGGGCCCCCUCCCCUUGGUGCUCUGUUCCCAUCCACCUUCCUCCGACUGCUCCUGGGCCUCUUGCUCUGCCCCAGGCCAGCCAAGUAGCCAGGCUCUGCUGGGAAGGGAAGGGAAUGGGGAGAAGGGAGAAGCCGGCAGUGUCGGAGCCUCGGGAGCUUCCCUCUCCCCAGCCCGCCGCCCCCCUCCCCCGCCCUGCUUGAGAUGCAGCUGUUGGCGCGAGACCUCCUUCUCCCUGACCUGGGAGGCGGGACCAGCAGAUACCCCAUCCUCCGCGGAGCUGCCGCUGGCACCCCGAAGCUCAGCCAGCUCAGAUUUUAUAAAAUAAACUAAAACCUCCCUACAUGUGCCGUGUUUUUCUGG